AUGCCUUUGGUGUUCUGGAUGGAUGCUCCUUGUGGACUAAAAUUAGUACAUACCUUCGUAUUAGUUUAUCCCAUUUGUUUUAAAUCCUUUGAGCCAUCGGAUUGUUGUCCAGAAUCCACUCGCGAAGUCGAUAUCCUGAUAUUAGGUGCAGGAGCUGCAGGUUUAGCAGCUGCUCGAACAAUAAAAAAUCACGAUCCAACGAUAGAUUUCUUGAUUCUCGAAGCUAACAACAUUCCCGGAGGACGUAUAAAAAAUGAUUUCAUGACAAAUGUCGAUCCAGAGGAAACGGAACUUGUUGAAAUCAGUGCUGGAGCUCAAUGGUUACAUGCAGUAGCGAAUCCAUUACACGAUUAUGCCGAAGAAAAGGGACUUUUAACAGAUUUGGAGAGUGACGAAGGGCUUGGAGUGUUUUUGAGAGAUGAUCAUGUGAGAAUGAACGACAACUUUGUCGAUAUGGUUUAUGAUUUUGUCGGAGAAAUUCUUGAAGAUGUGAACAAAUUUGCAAAUCAAUCACACAUUUAUCGAAAUUAUCCAGAUUCGCUGAACGAAUUCUUGGAUUCCGAGUUUGAAAUAAAAAUUCGAAGACUCAAACCACGUGACCGAGUUGUUGCGCGCCAAAUUUUAGAUUGGCAUAAACGUUUUCUAGCCAUCGAUUGGGCAGCGAAUGACUUCAAAAAAAUCUCCGCCAAAGAAUUUGGUCGCUUUUGGUUGAUUCAAGAUAGUUGGGAACAUAUCAACUUCAGAAACGGCUUUGCUGAAGUUAUGCAUUUACUUGCGGAGGAAAUUGGUCCCGAAAAAAUCGAAUACAAUAAAUUAGUUGAGAAAAUUUACUGGGGAAUUGAACAAAAAUCAAGUUCGAAUUCGAAAAAUUUUCUCGGUGACGAAAAUAAGCAAGUUCUUGUGAAAACCGCUGAUGGCUCAUUUUAUUUGGCAAAUCAUGUAAUUGUGACUUUUUCUUUGGGAGUUUUGAAACGUCAUCACGAAACGAUGUUUGAGCCAAAAUUACCUUUAAAUCAUAAAGAAGCCAUUGAAUGUCUUGGCUUUGGAGCAAUCACGAAAAUUUUCCUGCAAUACGAGUACAACUUUUGGCGUGACGAGGAAGGACUUCAGUUUGUCUAUCGUGAAAAUGAAGAUUAUGAGGAAAAAUCUUGGAUUCGUUACAUGACGGGCUUCGAUAAAGUCAUUUCUGGCAAAAAUAUGUUCCUUGGAUGGGUUGGGCAACAAGGCACAGUUGAGAUGGAAAAACUUUCGGAUAAGGAAAUUAUUGAUGAGCUCGUUGGAUAUAUUUGUAAAUUCACAAAGAGACGUUUUCCGUAUCCAAAGCGAUAUUAUGUUUCCCGUUGGCACAACAAUCCCCUCACACUCGGUAGUUACAGCUACGCUUCCGUGAAUUGUGAUUCCAAGGGCCUCACUGGAGAUGAUCUCGCGCGUCCUCUUACCUUCUUUGACACUUGGGGCACCAGCUCAUCAAAUUAUUUCAUGGAACACGGAAAGCCUUUGUUACUCUUUGCCGGCGAAGGUGUUAGUGAACAUUAUUUUUCCUGCGCACAUGGUGCCUACUACAGUGGAGAAUCCCAAGCUAAUGUCAUUCUAGCAUAUAAGAGUCGUUACGUGACACAAACUAAUUAAGGCCUCAACACCUUAUCACCGAUUAGGUCUCACUUGAGAGCACUUUAAUGUCGAUUAUGUAAAUUUUCCGUUACCAUUACGCAGAUGGCAGUUGAUCAUUUGUCAUUUUUCUGACAGAAAUGUCUUUAUUUUUCCGGGUUUUUGUAUCAUUUUUAUUUUCAUUUCCACUGAAAACGGUCAAAAAAGAUGAAAAAUGCAAGAUUAAAUUAACUCAAAAUGCGUUCAACCAAAAAUUUCAUUAAAAUUUCCCUCUCUUAACUACCGCCAAACUUCAAAAUUAAAUAAUUUCGCCGACAAUGCACCACACAAAAAGCCUAACUAUUUAAUUUAAAACAAAUUUUGCCAACUUCCUAUUUUAUAUGAUGUUAGAACAUUAUCUCUAUUCAAUUAUCACAAAUAUUUACUCGGUACGGUGCUUUAAAUUGCACGCGCUCACGAUAAUAUCGCACGCAUGAAAUACUCGCCAAAUAUUACCUCCAGUUAUAACAUUCAAUAUUAUUAUGCAAACAUUCCCAUAUACGACGAUGACGACGAUUAAAUCUAAUAAAUAAGCUCAAGUGCAUGCCGUCGCGUUAUUAACAGCUGAUUAAUUUUCGCUUAUAUGCGAUUUCAUUCGAAGACAGAUAUUUUCAAGUGCACACACAGAAAAAAAAACAUUCAAUAGACAAAUUACCCUCCAGCGAUAUAUUUUUACCACGAAGAGUCCCCUUGUACAUCGCGAGAAGACGAAAGAUUUCAACGAUGGAUUCGUACAAACGAAAUUUCAUUCAUGAGAAAUUUUAUUCUGUUCAUUUUUGUCGUGCGUGAAUGAAUGAACGUGUUGCACGAAAAUAUCGUUUUUUCCCUUCUACACGUUGUAUGGGCGCCGCACAGCUACAGAACGCCAGAACGAUGAAUGAAACUUAUCGUUUUGUUUUGAAAAUAACAGCACAGACGAUGUUACAAACAAUCAGUAGUCGAACAGACGUCGUUGAUGCCGGUGCAACAGAACGUUGUUGCUUCACUCUGGAAUAAAAUUUACGAGAAAAAAAAAUAAAUAAUUGCCGAGAAAUUAAAAAUAUAAAAAAAAUCAUAAAUUAUUUAAAUAACAAUUAAUUUUUUUUCGUGCAUAUC